UAUAUUCCGUGCUCGCUCAGACCGCGCAUUUUAUGUCUCCAAGCGCUUCCGUGUGUAUAGCUAGUGCUCGACUUUAGGGGUUUAUUUCGACGUAUAAUGCUGAAAUGUAUUUUAUUACGUUGAUCGAAUUGAGCAACAUAAAACGCCAUCUUUGUUAAGCACAACUUUGUGCAUAGAAAAUGGAUACUUUAGCAGCGCCAACUCAUACUAUUGACUUUUCAGAUCAAAUAUUCCGAGUUGAUUUUUCGCCUUAUGAAUGGUCACAGAACGUAAUUUGCAUCGCCCUUGCAAAUAAGAUUUGUGUGGGUAAUGUGAAAUUUCAGGAAGAAGAAGAUUUGGAGGAAGAAUUAGAGUUUCAGUUAUUAAGAGAGUUUCACCACGAGACUCGUGUGUGUGCUGUGGCAUGGAGCCCAGAAACUUCUUUAAGUGUGUUGCCAAAAUGUGUGUCAUUUGCUAGUGCAGGUGCUGACUACAAAGUACGACUGUUCAGUAGUGACUUGGUGGCCAUUCAUACAUUGCAGGUCCUUUGUGGUCAUACCAACUAUGUGAAUUGUGUGACUUACGAACCAGAAGGACAGUUUCUGGCAUCAGUCAGUGAUGAUCACACGUGCAAGAUCUGGAACAUCAAGGAAGAUAAUAGCUGCACUGCAACAUUUUUUCUCACUUCUCCAGGUAUGGCUGUGUGCUGCCAUCGUGAGGAAGUUGGUAAGCUUCUGGUUGCUGAAAAGAAUGGACUUAUUCAUCUUUACAAUGUACUGAGCCACCAAGCCAUUUUGUCCGUUGACAGUGGAUGCAUUCCACUCAUGUCUGCUGAUUGGUCUCCUAGCAACAGUCUGCGUGUGGCUGCCAUUGCAGGUGGAGAGUUGUUGGUAUGGGACAUUUCUAGACCCAGUCGACCCAUAGAUGCACGACCUAUUCAUGUCGAAGGAGGUCAACUGCUGCGAUUCUCACAGCUAAGUGACCAGUACAUUGCCACAGUUGGUCAGGCUGAUCUCCAACUAAAGGUCACGAAUGUCAAGAACAAACAUCCUGUUCUGGUAGCAUCACUUCAGCUUGCUGGUGGCUUGACAUGGCACUUUCGUUUACCUUAUGUCUGUGUGGGGAAUGAUCGUAAACUUUGCUUCUGGAAAGUUGCUACCAAGUGAGGAGGAAUAUUUCCAGUCAGAAACUCUUUGUGAAGUGAAAGCCAAGAUGAGCAGAUAUUUAAGCAGACUUCAUCAGCAUAUGGUUCAGAAGGUAACAGACAUUUAGAAUAGGUUAUAAAACUACUAAUGUAAUUAUUUUUUUUGCAUAUUACUUGAAUUAAUAAGUUAAAUGGAAUAACUGGAGUUCAAAUCUCUUGUUUAAAAUGUUGAAUUCCUUAAUAAAAUCUUCUCGGGCCAGCAGCCUUGCCACUCGGUUAAA